AUGAAGUGGUUCUCUGUAGCUUUUUUCCUCUUUGGCUUGAUGAUCUGUCUAGCAGAGGCACGUGUGGUUGAUGGGAUAAAAGAGCACACUGCAACAGACACAAGUACAGCUCUGAGGACCAGGCGUAUGGUGGGGGGUCUCCUCACUCCCAGCCAUGUUCCCUGGCAGGCCUUGGUAUACCUCAGUGACAGCAAGCUGGAUGGAGGUAUCGGCGGAGGAGCUUUGAUUGCCCCUCAGUGGAUUCUGACUGCUGGCAGGAAUCUGUUUGUGAGGAAAACACAAAAAGAUACUAGGGGAAAAGAGCCCUUGAUCCCAAAAGUCUAUCUGGGUAUCGUCCAGCGUUCCAAAGCUAAUGCUACUACUGAAGUGGCAGUGGAGAAGGUGUUUCUACAUCCAGCUUUCCAGAAUGCCUCAGAUGUAGACAAUGACCUGGCACUAAUCCAGCUGAAAGAGCCGGUGAGCUUCAAUGACAAAAUUUUCCCCAUCCCUCUGCCUGAAAGAGGGGACAACCUGGAAGAGAACAAGGGACAGAGAGGCGUCAUUGCUGGUUGGGGCUGGGGGCCGCUUUUAACAUUCUCUGAAAGCCUCAAGUUCCUCUCCCUUCCAGUUAUCCAGAGUGACACAAAGGACAAUAAGAUUCGGACGACCCACACUGAAUUCCAGGAGAACGUUUGUUAUGGAGAUGCAGGUGGAGCUCUGGCUCUCCUUAACCCUGAUACGAAAAAAGUCUAUGCUGCUGGAAUCCUUUCCUAUGAUGAGGCGUGUACUAGAAAUGAGGAAACUGUCUUUAUAAGGAUCUCGGCAUACCUGCCAUGGAUCCACAGUGUGAUUAGUGGUGACUCAGACAGGUUUUCGUCUCUCCGUACUUCCAUCAUGAAUGAUUUGCUUUCAAAGUAA